AUGCGAAGCGACACCCAUGAUAUGGACUUCAAGGUCAUUCAGUACGAUGCCCGGGGAAAGUUCCUGGAAUGGCAGGAUGUAAAAGGAGCAACAUUGCAGCUCUGUCCAAACAGCCAGAAGAUUCUGGAUGCUGCUUUCACCAUGGGGACCACCUACCACCAGUCUUGCGCUCUUGAAGUUUCUGCCCUGCUGCAAAGGACUCCAGAACCCAUCUUCUACGAGAUGUUUUUGCAGUUCGAAGAUGAGAAGGGGAAUACCCAACUCUGGCCCGUUCCUAUAAGCAACCCCGCAAUAGUAACCAACAAUCGAGCACCCCCGUUGAAUCAAGCACUCCGGAGAUUCUUUCUAGUCGAUGGGCUGUCAGACCGAAAAGGGAAUUUGUCCAAUGCUCCAGCGUCUGUGACCUUGGCAAAGGAAUUACUACUCAGUGUCCACCUACCUACCGCUGCUCCUGGAGAAGACCCACCUUUCUCCUUGACGGUCAGAUACGCAACAUACCGCACCCCAGGGAUCGCCCAGGUGUCAUUUUCAGUCUCCUACAAUCAGAGUCCUGGAUCAGCCCAGCUAGCAACUGAUAUCUCCUUUGGGGUCCUGGGGUUUCUCGCUGUCCUCUACGCUUUGUUGGAGACCAGCAGUUGGGCCCGGAGAUCUCGUCUGCAGAACAUCGAUUUCACGACCAUAUUGAAAUUCUUUGCUUGCUUGGUUGGAUCUCUGGCAAAUGUCUUUUUCAUGGUCACUUGGGGAAUUAGCGUUUACUGGCUGAUCGUUUUCAAGGGCCAGCAGUUUUCAACAGUGGCAAUUACACUCCCAGCUGCUGGUAGCCAAGCAGAAACCAACUUUAUCAUCUAUGCGUUGUGUGCGCUGACUUUGAAGAGCCUGGAUCUCCUACAUCUUCUGAUCACCCAGCUAAUGGUCUCCAUCUUCCUGAUAGACUGGGAGAAGCCAAAGGAAAAACCAACAGUGAAAGGAAGUCCCGCCUCCUCAGUGACCGCCUGGAGGACUUUCCUGAUCGCUAAUGAGUGGAAUGAAAUCCAGACCCAGCGGAAGGUGCAUCCUUCGCUUCAGCUCUUUGCUGUUUUGUUGCUUUUGGAGGUGGUGGGACUCAAAAACCUCGCAUCAAGAGACCUGAAUGUCAGUCUGCAGCCUGAGCCAAAUACCUACCAAGCUCCCUGGAGCCCAAUUCUUCGUUUUGGGAUUUCUGCUUCUGUGUGGCUGGUGGUGGCCAUUGUGCAGAUGUUGGUGUCCGUUGGGUUAUAUCAACGCUUUGUGGAGGACAAGAUUCAUCAGUUCGUUGACCUUUGUUCCUUGAGCAACGUGUCGGUCUUCAUCUUGACCCACAGGUGCUACGGGUUCUACAUUCAUGGGAGAAGCAUCCACGGACAUGCGGACGUGAGCUUGGACACCAUGCUGUCGUAUCUCAAGAAGGAGGAGGACAAUCUUUGCCCCCUGAGGGGCCUGGAGCCCAACUCUGAAACGCAGACCUUCGAAGUGCUUCUCACUGACCAGACUCGGAGGUUUUAUGACAGAAUCCUCCUCUCAUUAAUGGAGCACCAGAGAGGCCUCCAUAGCCGCCCCGAUCUUCACCAGCAGAGGAUGAAGGGCUACCAUGCACUGAAUUGGUUCCUGGUCUCCUUCUUGGAACAUAGGUAUAAAGAUAUGGACUACAUAGUGAAGGACAAGUUUUUCUCGGAGAGGAUCAUGGACUUGGAGUUUCAGGAGCAGGGAGACCUCUCGGUUCUCUAUAACGAUGACGGUGCAUUGUUCAGCCGGACACUCUUCUACGGCCACGAGCUGCUCCUCCUUCUCUUUGAAAUCCUCCUCUUCUGCGCUGUGGAUUUCGGGGCACAGAAUUUUGUGCUCUCAGCCAUUGUCACCUUUGUUGUGCAGAAGCUGGUGCAAAUGGUGCGUGACACACUCGGGAGGCGAAAUCUAGCGGAGAAGACCUUGGUGGAUAAACAGUUCCUGAUCUAAGAGUGGGAAGAGGAGAUCCUGCUAGCCGGAAUCCCAGGGAAGAAAAUGUCUGAAUGGUUCUUAUUUCCAGGAUUCUCACUCUAAGCAUGUGAAAGGGGGAGGAUGGGGUGGGGGGCAGUAUUUUUCCAGGGGGCUGCAAAGAACUAAUGCUUGAAAAUUUGGAUGGCUGUGUCCUCUCUUUGUAGGCUCAGCACAUUCCCAGUAAAAUUACAGAGAAUCCUUGAUUUACAACCAUUUCUUUCGUGACUGU